GCGCUUCACAUGCGUGUGUACUGCAUCCGGAAUGGUCACCUUUCGUCGGUGUGUAGUUUACAUUAAAGUUUAAACGCUUUCUGCUUUAAUUUAAACCAUGUCGGACAAGGGGGGAUUGAAAGUAAACCAACAAUUUGCGCAGAAAUAUGAUAAAUACCGACAGAAGGAAGAGUUACAGAGGCUGAAGGAUCGAUACGGAGACCGUGGUGACAGUGACUCUGAGACAUCCGAGUCCAGCUCUGAUGACAGUGAAGUGGAGCUCGACCCUGCAGUCGAAAGAGACUUUUACAGAACCCUGUCACUGCUGAAGAGGAAAGACCCGAGGAUAUACCAGAAAGAUGCCACGUUUUUCUCCGAAGGCGCAUCCACCAGCGACGAGAAGCCUUCAACUUCAAAGAAAGCAGUGAAGCCCAUGUAUCUCAAGGACUAUGAACGUAAAGUGAUACUGGAGAGGGAAGGAAAAUAUGAAGAUGAUGACGAGAGCGACAGUGAAGAGGCUUUUCAGCGAAGAGAGAGAGCGGCCUCACCAAGCUACAUUCAAGAGCAGAAGGAGCUGAAACAAAGCUUCCAGAAGUUUGUUCAGGACAGCGAUGAGGAGGAUGAAGGCAGUGAGGAGGGCGAAGGAAUCAAGCUGCUCACCAGGAGAAUCAAAACACAGGAGGAGAAGGAUAAUGAAGAGGCAGAUUAUGUAGAUUGGCUUAAAGGCCAGACUGAGCUUGAGGGUCCAGAAGAGGUGAAGGACAUGCAAUGCUUGAAAGAUUACUGGAAUGACCCACAGCUAGAUGAGAAGGAGUGCUUCCUGAGAGAUUAUGUCCUCAACAAGGGCUACAAAGACGGAGAUGGCGAAGAUGAACGGAUCCCAACCUACGACGAGGUGGUCCAGGAUGAUGUGGAGGAUUCUGAGGAGGAAGGGGAGAAUUUCUUGGAACGGCAGGAGAACUUUGAAAAGAGCUACAACUUCCGCUUCGAAGAGCCUGAUGCUCAGAGGAUCAAGACCUACCCUCGCAACAUCGCUACCUCUGUUCGCUCCAAAGAUGACAGCAGAAAACUCAAAAGACAGGAAGUGAAAGAAAGGAAGCAAAAGGAAAAAGAGCAAAAACAGGAGCAACUGAAACAGCUGAAGAACCUGAAACGCAACGAGAUCAUGGAGAAGCUGAACAAGCUCAAGGAGCUGACGGGCAACGAGCAGCUCGCCUUCAGUCAGAUGGACCUGGAGGGAGACUUUGAUCCACAGCAACACGACCAGCUCAUGCAGAAAUUCUUUGGAGACGAAUAUUACGGAGGGGAAGAAGAAGAGAAGCCUCAGUUUGAUGAUGAUGAAGAAGAGCAUUGGAACUGGGACACAUGGACAGGAGAGAGACAGGAGGACGACCUUGAUGAAGACUAUGGUGGAGAAGGACGUGAAACCACUCAGCCACACUGUGAUGAUGAAAACUUUGUUAUGGAUGCAGACUAUGACCCCAACCAGCACAUGGCCUCAAAGAAACAGAAGAAAAAGGAGAGGAAGAAGAUGAAGAAAGAGGAUUUACCACAGAUGGGCAAAAAGAAAAAGAAGUCUCACUUUGCACAGGUUAUCACCCAGAAUAAGCCCGUGUUUGAUCCUCAGGAGAGAAGCUUUGAGCAGUACCUGGAUGAGUACUACAAGCUGGACUACGAGGACAUAAUAGACGACCUCCCAUGCAGAUUUCGGUACAGACAGGUUCUCGCCAAUGACUUUGGUCUGACCACUGAUGAGGUUUUAAUUGCAAACGACAAAGAGUUGAACCAGUGGUGCUCUCUGAAGAAGACGUGCAUGUUCAGAUCUGAAAAUGAAGAGAAGUGCGAUUUGAAAAACUAUAAAAUCAAGGCCCAGAAUGAACGGAAGAAGAAGGAAAUCCUGAGCUCCGUGUAUACUGAGGAAGAAAAAGAGAUGCCAGAUGCCAAAAACAAGGUGGGGAAGAAGAGGAGAGAUCGUCUGAAGGAUGCAGACAAACAAGACAAAGGAACAGAUGACGAUGAUGAGGCAGGCGUCAUGGACUCUCCAGAUAAGACCCUUGCUGAGGCUCUAAGAGAGGCAGGAGACGACAUGGAGGAAGAGAUUCUAAUACCCAAGAAAAAGAUGAAACAGGAGGAGGAACCACAGGUGUCUGCAGACAAUGCAGAGGUGAAAAAUGUGGCCGAGAGGCCAAGUUGGUCCAAGAAGACACACAAGCGUUCGGGCGGACGCCUCAUAUCAGGAACCAUGGGGGUGAAGAUAGGUGGACGGGAGUUCAGUCGACAUCGACUGAAGGCCUACGGUCUGAACCCCAAGAGACUGUACUUCAGACAGAUGGGCAGACAGAGAAGGAAAGAUCAGGAAAAGAGAGAGAAGCAGAACAAAAAGAAUGAGAACAAUUCAAGCUGAGCUCAGUGUAUUUCAAGGAAUAUUUAGUUUUAUUAUUGUAUAAGAAUUGAAUACAUAUUUAGCUUCACAUUGGCCUUUACAUUUCAGCAAAAUGUUUACUAGGAUGUCUUUAAAAGCACAGAGUUUAACACUUUCUCCUGCUGUGUUCAUACUGUGUACAUUUAGAUUUCAUCACCUGUAAUAAAUGUGCUGGUAAACUUUGAUUUCUGAUGGUUAAUCAGCAAC